GGUAAUGAGAGAUAAACGUGUAGGUCAUAUGAUUUGAUUAAAUUAAACACACGAUAUUUUAUAAUUGAUCUUGAUCAAUUUGGAAAGCUUAUAUAAAGUAAACUGUAUAACCAAAAACUGGAAAGACAUGGCCGUAUCAGGACGUAAACAAAGAGACCUGCUAGGAUCAAUAGCAGCAGGAUCAACAGAAGACUUUGAUUACUGUUGUGAGCCAUGUCUUACCACAGGUCAGCACGUAGAGGCCCAUGGAUUUUGCGUGACUUGUCAAGAGUACCUUUGUUGUAACUGUCUUGAUUGUCACAAGAAGGCAAAACUAUCUCGGAGUCACCAAAUUCUAAGAAAAUGUGAUUUUGAUAAGCUCCAUGCAAUGCAACAACCAUACAACGAAUGCACCGAACAUUGUUCAAUUCACAGAAAAGAAAUUAUCAAUUUUUAUUGUCCAUCACACCAUGCGCUCGGAUGUAAAGAUUGCAUACAUUCAGACCAUAGAACGUGUAAAAUUGAAUACAUUCCUGAGAAAUGCGCAGGUAUUGCAGAAGACAAGCAAUUUGAUGACGUCAUGCAGAAACUCGAUGAAAAAAUAAAAGAAGCAGAAGAAAUUUCUAAGAAAGCUAAACGUUGCAGGAGUGAUUUAAAUGAUAACAAUAAAGAAAUCAUCAACGCAAUUACAGACUUUCGAAAAGAAAUAAACGACUGUCUCGAUAGUAUGCAACAAGAUGUUUUGAAAUAUGCUAAAGGCAUUAAGUCAAACACUCACAAUAUUGUUCAACAUGUCCUUGAUAAAUGCGGGAAUAUUAUUUCCUAUAUUAAAAGCUUGCAGUCAAGACUUCGUUCUAGCAGGGCAAGUCAUCAAAAUGGUCAAGUCUACGUUGAUAUUAAGCGUUCUGAGUCUACACUGAAAUCUGAUGAACUAAAUGAAGUCCAAGAAACAUUAAUGAACACCAAUUUGUGCUAUUCAUUUAAACGAAAUGUUGAUCUCGAAACCUUAUUGUCUACGAAAAAGCUCUUUGGUGAAAUUGUCAAUCAUCCUCGUAACGAAGCUACAAAGAAAACAAAAUAUGUUGAUAAUCUGGUCGAAAUACAAGAUAUCAAUGUAAAAACUAAGUCAGACAAAAUGAGUUGUAAUAUUACGGGAUGUGCUGUUAUAAACAUGAACAAAUUAGUUCUAGCUGAUUUCAACAACAGAAAGGUAAAAUUGAUAUCUAUAGAGAACAGACUUGUACAAGAAGAGAAAGUUCUAGAGUCAGCGCCAUGGGAUAUUACUGCAAUGUCUCAGGACCAGUUCGCAGUAGCAAUUCCUGGUAUCGAAAAAAUAGUUGUCAUGACAACAGACGUCAAGCUAUCAUGUGUCAACAGAAUUAAAGUGGAUAGGGAAUGCUAUGGUAUAGACUUUAACCAAGAUUGUCUUUAUGUUGCUUGUUUGUCUCCUCCUAGUGCCAUUGUACUGAAUACAAAAGGUGAUAUCAUGAAUGAUAUCAAUCUUAGCUUUCUCAAUAUUCUUACCCCGUAUAUUGCCGUAAAAAAUGAUUCACAGCUACUGUACAUCAGUGACUUUGAAAAUGACAGAAUAGUAAGUGUAUCAUUAGAAGCAGAUAUUAAAGAUACAUAUAAACAUGAAGAUCUUGAACGACCAUAUGGAAUGUUGGUAUUAGAUGACGGGUCAUUGCUUGUCUGCAGUUCUUAUAAUGGAACAAUUUGUCAAGUGAGAGAAGACUUGAAGCAAGUUAAGAUCAUGCAUGAAAAUAUAUUCCGUCCGAAAUCGUUAUGUUUCAGUAGACACUAUGAUGAAGUAUAUGUUGGUUGCCGUAGUAACCAGUUUAAAGUUUUGUCCACAAAAUGAUCAACAACACUGUCAUUUAUUUAGAACAUGGUAUAUUUCUUUAAAGGUGUUUCGUGAAAGUGCUUAAAAAGAACGAGAAAUUAUAAAUAGAUACAAGUCUUGAUGGAACCAAAUUCUUUGCUAAAUUCUUUCAUAUGUUAUUUGAUCAAUCUUAUUGUACCUGAUUAUUUUAGUAAUGAUGUACCAGUAAAAUGUUUCAAAACGAUUAAAUGAAUUAAUGUUAAAAAAAUUACUUAACAGACAGCAAUGAAGCGGCAGAAUAUUAAGUUUCGUAUGUGUAUUUAUCGAAAGGCAGAACAAAUCUUCAGAUUAUGAAAUCAUUAAAACGUUUGUUUUAUUAUUAAGAUGAAUCUUAAAGGAACUCAACUGGUUUCAAAAAACCUUAACACAUAAGAUUUGUAAUUAUUUCUCAGAUCAAGAAAUCUCUUCAAAUGGAAUUACAAACAUUUUCAAAUGAUGAUAAAGAAAUAUACUCAGAGUUAAAUUGACUUUUGGCACGAUUUUUACCUCAGUUUGUGUGAAAAACAUUUCAACGCUUUUUAUUAUACGUUUUUUAUUCAUUAUUAUUAUCAUAAAAAGGUUAGUAAUACUCAAAGUUAAAUUGAAAAUUGAUUUAUUUAUUAUUGUCAUUUUGUACAAAAACGAUUAUGUUGGGUAAACGGAGAGAGAAAUAUUUGGACAUUUGGACAUUGCACAAAGAUAAAAAUAUAAUAAUCAAAAAUAAAUAAAGGAAGAAAGUGAGUACAGUCACUUUAAUCUUGGUUAGGUCAAAAAUGAGUUUAGAUCAUAACGAUGGUAUGAAUAUUUUCAUUUAUUUCAUUGUAUUGAUCAGUUGGUUACUCAGCCCAGUGUUUGUGAUUAUAGAAUAUCAAUGUUGACAUUAUGAACAAAUAUAUAUAUAGAACUUCUUUCGUAGAAAUAAUGUAUAUUUUGAAAAAUUAAUCAUCUAAUCAUGAAAUUAACUGUAUCAAAUAUAUAUGCGAACUUUAAUUUCUGGUGCAUUGAUUUUAAAAGAUGUGUCAUAAUCUGAAGGAAAUAACAUUUCUGUGUUCAUAUUUUAAUACAUAUUUACUUAAAUACACUUUUAUGUGUGACAUUUAACUUUACAUGUAUGCUUGUAUGUUCAUUUCUUUUUGUAA